UACUUAAAUUAUAUGUUUACAUUAGUUUUAAAAACAUCGUUGUUUUUCAAAAAAAAAUUACAUUUCUAUAGAUUUGCAUAAAUAAUCUAUUUACGUGAUAUAUUCUGUAUUUGCCUUUCUCAAUUUGUUUCAGAAAUUUGGAUUUCAACCUAAUUAAAGAGAUUGACAAGAAAGCCUUUUUUGGUUCACAGAUAGCGAAAUUAAGUCUGAAAGGGAAUACUCAACUUGAGUUUAUUCACGAAGAAGCCUUCAUGGGACUGAAGAAUAUAAGAACAUUAGAUCUGUCAGAUACAAGCAUUGUCUAUUUGCCAAUAAUAGGCCUAGAAGAAUUAGAGAUGCUGAAAUUAACAGAAGUUUACACUUUAAAAGUAUUUCCAUCAGUUUACCACUUCAAGUACAUCAAGCAAGCUCUAUUGACCUAUCCUUACCACUGUUGUGCUUUCAAGUUUCCGGCAACACAUGACCCUGAAGAGUUUUCCAGAUACAUCGCCUUCAAAGAAAACAUGGAAAAGAUGUAUUGUAAUCAAAAUCCAACUGAGGCGACAUAUGAAAAUCGCGAAGAAACUGGAGAAUUUGCAAGAAAGAGGAGAGUUCUUUCUCAAACUGAUUCGUCUACUAUUACCAAAAAUGAUCCCAAUUGGAAUGAAUUUGGUGCUUCUGACGUGCCAUUUGCAAGAGGAAGGCACAGAAAACAUAAGCGAUACCAUAAUUCAGCUAAUAAUAUUUACAAAUAUGCCAUUCCAUUUAAGGAUAUCAGACAAAACGGCAAGCAACCAAUCAGACUAGCAAAGCGUCGAGCUGAAUGGGGCAGUAUACCGAAAUCUUCGAACAACAUAGGCUUUCAGGACUACUGGCUGAAUGCAUCUGAUACAGAAGAAUUUUUUGGAAACCAUUUGCAUCUGCAAACAAAAAAGCCACACAUCCAAAAAGGUUUUCCAGACAACUUGUUCGAAGGUGUAUUCCAUGGUACAACCGUGUCAGUGAUAUCAGAAGUCGAACUACAAGCAUUUUGCGGUCAGUUAUCCAAGAACUACAGAGAUGUGGAAUGUUUCCCCAACCCAGAUGCGUUCAAUCCAUGUGAAGAUGUCAUGGGUAAUAUGUUGCUGAGAGUAAUCGUGUGGCUUGUGGUGAUUACAGCGGUGAUGGGAAAUAUGGCUGUGAUGGUGGUACUCUUGAGCACGGGAGCCUGCAGCAGUGUUUCCAAGUUCCUCAUGUGUAAUCUAGCAUUCGCAGACUUUUGCAUGGGUUGCUACUUAUUCAUGAUUGCUGCAAUGGAUCUUCACAGUAUGGGAGCUUACUUUAAUCAUGCCAUAGAUUGGCAGCACGGAUAUGGAUGUAGUGUAGCAGGAUUUCUGACAGUAUUUGCUACAGAGCUUUCCAUAUUUACUCUUACUAUAAUCUCCGUCGAGCGUUGGUAUGCUAUCACGUUUGCCAUUAACCUAAACAAGCGUCUGAGAUUGCGAAAGGCAAUGAAAAUAAUGACGAUUGGGUGGAUAUUUUCCCUAACAAUGGCCUUCCUUCCAUUAGUUGGAGUAAAUGGAUUUGCAAGGACAAGUAUUUGCCUCCCAAUGAAAAAUCAAGAGAUCAAAGAUGUUAUCUAUUUAAUGGUUCUCCUAAUCACAAAUUCGAUAGCUUUCUUGUUCAUAUUCUACUGCUACGUUAGCAUGUACAUGACUGUGCUACGUCACCAGAGCAGUGCUACUGCUAACGAUAUGGCUGUCGCUAAAAGGAUGGCUUUACUCGUCAGUACGGAUUUCGUAUGCUGGGCACCGGUUGCAUUUUUCGCUAUGACAGCUGUUUCUGGUUAUCCUCUGAUUGAUGUGACUAAUUCAAAGAUUUUGCUGGUGUUCUUCUAUCCAUUAAAUUCGUGCGCCAAUCCGUUUUUGUACGCCAUUUUCACUACUCAAUAUCGGCGUGAUUUUUUAGGCUUACUCAGGCGCUGCGAUUGUUUUAGUAGAUGGACGAGAAGUAAAAAAGGUCCUUACUCUAAUUGCAGUGUUCCACCUUUGCAAUUCAUGCAUUUCCAUCGCCAAUGGCACCAGAACAACAGCUGUUCAUCGCAGGUGUCUACUGACAACUCCAUGAAAGUUCUUCGUCCCAGUGACCUGAGUAGUGGGCAAGAUGUGAUGUCUUCAUCGGGCUGGGAAGAUCAAGAGUCUGAAGAUGUCAUCAGCAUUUGGUCAGCAGCCCGAAAGCAUAAGACUUCAACAUCCAGUGAGGACAGUUGUGAUCAAUUUUGCAAGAAUCACAGCAACAGCUCUACUGCUUACAGUACAACGGCUCAAAAAGGCUCCCCGCAUCCAGUAAAGCACAGGUUCAUUCAAACGUCAAUGGCAAUUAAGGUUGAUUUACAAACAACACAUACAACAAGAAUGUAAAACAUGCGUUACGAGAUGUGUCUGUCUUACUUUAAUAACAAUAAUUAGAAAUAAUGAUUUAUUUAAACGAUAAAUAAUGACAUUAUAACAGUUGUUUAUUUUUAGCAUUUUUUGUGUUACGACUACUACGGUAAGCAAUGCGAACUUUUAAAAAUAUAUUUCCGGAUACUAUGGUGUAAUUGAUAAAAUUUAAAAGAAUGCAGAAGCAUAUUGCAUUUUGGUGGAUGAUUCACUUUUAUAAACUUAAUGGUUAUACAAACUUAUUGAGUCAUGCACGUAGUACACAAAAAAAAUUCUGAAUACGAAGACAUUAAACACGGAAGUACCCAAAGGCCCUAAACAAAUCGAUUAUGUAUUCGUUGGUAUUUAAAAAGGAGGCAAGAAUUAUAAGUGAUUGCACAUUCAUAUUAGUUUUAACUAGUUUAACGCAGUUGCUAUCAGUUAUGAAUUCAACUUGAAAAUAAAUACUAUGCCAGGUGUUCUAUAAUUGCCACUCUUACUAUAAAAUUUUAGAGUCCUUUGAAAAACCAAAGACAGCUAUACUCUUCGGGGGUCGCAAGUAAAUAUUUGAAUGAGUGGAAAAAAAUUGUUAUUGAAAUCUGUCAAAGAAUUGUAAGCGGGUGUACCAAACUUGAAAACAUUUUUGAUUGCCAGUUAAAGCUUGAAGAUGCUUCUAAUAAUCAUCUUUUCAUAAUCUCCCUAUCAGGUAACCAAACAAGUUUUGUUGCUUUGUACAUUCCCUUUCUUCAGAAAUUAUUAAUCGCUUUUAUUCCCUCUUAAAUAAACGAGUGUUUUUUUACGAGAAUUCUAAGAAUUAAUAAUAAGGACAGUUUUUGCAGAACACCUUGCAUGUUAUUUUUUUUCUUAACUGGAAUUGCCGUUUAGAUAAUUGUAAUUAAGUAAUAAAAGCUGUAAAAACUUUCGGCCGUCUACCAGAGUAUAUAGUCAAAUAAUCCUCUUUUUCUUUAAUUUGAAACACGGUUUUGCAUUUUGCUUUAUUAAAGAUCUCUAUGCCGUAGUCAAGACAACAGAAGCAGUUAAUACAGAUUCCCCCCCCCCUCCUUCAUCAAUCUGUUUGAAAAAUUUGAGCCAUUUGCGUAAUCAAUGAAGCUUUUCAACCGUAUGCCUGAACAAUUUAAAAUUUCAGGAUCGUUAUGUGUCUUUCCAUAUAUCCAUUUGUUUCAAUAUAUCCUGUAAUAUAUACCAAUAUGUCUUGUAAUUUAACAGACUAAUCUCACAGCUUUUAAUUUUCAGGCAAACGUUUGAAUUUCAAAUAUGGCUAAGUGUUUGAAUUUUUAGAGUGUCAGAUAUGACAAAAUCUCAUUGGAUUUUACCCAGGAACAAUGCUAUGUGAAUUUUAAUAAUUGUCUUUCAAUUUACUAUAAGUAUAUUAAGUCAGUAACUAAUUACAUGACUUCAAUGUUUCUAUAUGAACUUAAUGUAAACAUAAUUUUAAGAUUCAGUGUACAUUUUGUUUGAAUAAAUAACGUGUUUCGCAUGAAUUAAUCGAGAUGAGAAAUUAUAAAUAUGAGACUAGUGGAUUCUUAGAUAAGUUGUAAAUGUUUUGAAUGGCGUUUGCUGCUGAAUCAGACAAAUAUUGCACUUGUACUUUUUAAGACAUUAUUAAAUUAGAAUUACUUCCAAAAGAGAAAACUUUUAUUAAUUUCUUUUAAAAGCAUAAACUCAACAGUGAACUGUUAUAUAUUUACACUAAAUAUUAAAUAUUAGUUGUGGAUUGCUUUGGCAUUUUCAUUUCUUCUUUAUAAUACGCUGUUUAACAAUAAUUAAGAAAUGUAUACUUUUUAGAUUUUACAGUAAUAAUUUUUACAAAAGGUGUUAUGUGAAAACAAAACCUAAGUUAUUAAAAUUUCAAGAUAUUUCAGUUAUAAUGCAUAGUCUCAAUUUUGCUUCGUUAUGUUGAGUUAACUAAUUUAAAUAAUGUAUUGUUUGACCUAAUUCAAACGAAUGAAUAAUUUCGGAAAAU